UUUUUCGUCUGCUGUACAGUUGGUGAUGCGCUGGUUAAUAGAAAGUGUGUAUUGACUUGAAUGUGGUGCUUCGUUUUGCAUAUUUUUGAAGAAAAACACAUUCCUGUAAGCAGAAAUGGUUAACGAAGAUCGAAGAGACGUUCGGGACGAUCGAGAUCGGCGCAAUAAAGAUAGGGAAGUUGACAGAGACCGAGAAAACAAAGAUCGUGAAAGAGAACGAGACAACAAAGAUCGGGACAACAAAGAUCGGGACAACAAAGAUCGGGACAACAAAGAUCGGGAAAGGGACCGGGACGUCAGAGAUCGUGACAACAACAAAGAUCGUGAACGUGCUGGGAAUAACCGAGACAAAGAAAAAGAUCUUGCCAGAGAACGUGAUCGUGAUAGAAGGGAUCGCGAAAGAAAACGAUCACGCAGUCGCUCACGUAGUCGCGAUCGUGCAACAAGGCGACGUAGAUCCCGAUCCAGAUCACCUAGAGAACGCCGCGACCGGAAAGAUGUGAAAACCGAACAAGAGUCGAAAGAACAAGAAAUAACAGAAGAAAAUAAUGAACAGAUAGUCAAGAAGGAACCUCUAUCGCUGGAAGAACUGUUGGCCAAGAAAAAAGCAGAAGAAGAGGCAAAGAGCAAACCAAAGUUUCUAACGAAAGAAGAACGCGCUGCCGAAGCUUUACGUAAGCGACAGGAAGAGGUUGAAAAUAUGCGAAAACAACAGGAUGACGAAAGAGUGAAACGAAAUGCCUUCUUCCAGGCAGCCAAAGAAACAAGCAGGGAAACGGAACGCGAUCGAAGACGUGACAGAGAACGGGAGCGAGAAAAGGAGACUAAAGAUCGUAAAGACGGCGAAACAGACCGCGAUAAACAAAAGGAAAUGGACGCUAUCAAAGAUCGUUAUUUGGGCAUGAUUAAGAAGAAGCGCCGAGUCCGCAGGCUUAACGAACGUAAAUUCGUAUUCGAGUGGGAUGCUUCAGAAGAUACGGCUGUCGACUAUAAUCCAAUCUACAAAGAAAGACACCAGGUCCAAUUUUAUGGUCGUGGUCACGUGGCCGGUAUUGACAUCAAAGCUCAAAAGAAAGAUCAGUCAAAAUUUUAUGGUGACAUGUUGGAUAAACGUCGAACAGACAGUGAAAAAGCUCAAGAAAAGGUGCGUUUGAAGAAGGAACAAAGACGUGAAGAUAAGCAGAAAUGGGAUGAUCGUCACUGGCAAGAAAAGAAGGUGGAAGAAAUGACUGAGCGUGAUUGGCGUAUCUUUCGUGAAGACUAUAACAUCACCAUUAAGGGUGGCAGAAUUCCCAAUCCAUACCGUUCGUGGGCAGAUUCUGAUCUCAAUAAGGAGACUUUGGAAAUUCUUGAAAAAGUAGGCUAUACAGAACCAACUCCAAUUCAGCGACAAGCCAUUCCCAUUGGAUUGAAGAACCGAGAUAUUAUCGGUGUUGCCGAAACCGGUUCAGGAAAAACAGCCGCGUUCUUGAUCCCGUUGCUUGUUUGGAUUCAGUCGCUUCCCAAGAACGUCCGUUUGGGUGAUGACGAUUCGGGACCGUACGCUAUCAUUUUGGCUCCUACUCGUGAAUUGGCUCAACAGAUCGAAGAAGAGUGCAUCAAAUUCGGUCAGCAUUUGGGCAUACGAACAGUGGCCGUUAUCGGUGGUCUCUCCAGGGAAGAGCAAGGAUUCAGACUUCGAAUGGGUUGCGAGAUCGUCAUCGCAACACCUGGUCGUUUGAUCGACGUUUUGGAAAACCGAUAUUUGGUAUUGUCACAGUGCACGUACAUCGUGUUGGACGAAGCAGAUCGUAUGAUUGACAUGGGUUUUGAACCCGACGUGCAAAAGAUUUUGGAACAUAUGCCCGUGACGAAUCAAAAACCGGACAACGAUGAUGCAGAAGACGAGCAAAAACUUAUGGCCAAUUUCAAUUCGAAGCAUAAAUUCCGACAGACGGUCAUGUUUACGGCAACUAUGCCUGCAGCAGUGGAGCGGCUAGCUCGAACUUAUCUGAGACGUCCGGCUGUCGUUUACAUUGGCUCUGCAGGUAAGCCCGUCGAGCGAACAGAGCAAAUUGUCUACAUGGUGGACGAAAAUGCAAAACGCAACAAGUUGAUGGAAAUCCUACGUCGUGGAAAACUCGAACCGCCAAUCAUUAUCUUCGUCAAUCAGAAGAAGGGAGCCGACGUUUUGGCAAAGGGCCUGGAAAAAUUCGGCUUCAAUGCUUGUACUUUGCAUGGUGGCAAGGGCCAGGAGCAGCGUGAAUUUGCCCUUUCCAACUUAAAAUCGGGAGCGAAAGACAUUCUAGUAGCAACUGACGUUGCCGGGCGUGGUAUUGACAUUAAAGACGUGUCUUUGGUCAUCAACUAUGACAUGGCCAAAACAAUCGAGGAUUAUACCCAUCGUAUUGGUCGUACCGGUCGAGCAGGCAAACAUGGAACAGCUAUCUCUUUCUUAACUAAGGAUGAUUCUCCAUUAUUCUACGAUUUGAAAGCGUUACUUCUAUCCAGUCCGGUAUCAACUUGCCCUCCAGAGUUGGCCAAUCAUCCAGACGCUCAACACAAACCUGGCACAGUCGUCCAGCGCAGACGGAAAGAUGAGAAAAUUUUCGCUUAAAUUUGUUUCCUGUUUUCUUCGUCAUUAUGCAAACAAUCGUGCAUUUUCCGUUUUAUGAUUUUAUACUUCCUGGAGAGGAAAAUAAAAUCAUUUUUGCUCUAA